GAUCUGGAUGUCACUUGCAGUUAACAUGGAUUGUCUUGCGUGGAAGAAUAGAUUCCAGGUCCAAUGCUUGCGCAUUAUUUAAAACUCCCUUUGGUAUAUAAUGUUCGAUGGAUCACCAGUGGAGAAGCUCAUUUCAUCUCUGCCCCAUCACCAGCUUCCUAUGUUCCAAUUCCGGGCUCUCAAUUGACAGACAAAAUGAGUUUUCUCCAAAGAACACAAAAUGUUAUCCUAAAUCUUGUUCAACUAGCAAUUGUAAAUUUUCUAACAUAUCCAAUGUACAAUGAUUUCUGCCAUCGCUAUCUGGGCCCAGACACAGACGUUGAGACUAUUCUUCUCAGUGCAGAUGUGUGGCUGAUGAGAGUAGAUUUUAUAUUUGAUUUCCCGAGACCCACCAUGCCAAAUAUUAUUUAUGUUGGAGGAUUCCAGUGUAAACCAUCCAAACCUCUAGAGGCAGAGUUUGAGGAGUUUGUCCAGUCCUCAGGGGAACAUGGGAUUAUUGUCAUGUCAAUGGGGACCAUUGUCAACUCUUUGCCAAUGCAUAUUACAAUGCAAAUAGCAGAGGCUCUUGCUCAAGUGCCUCAGAAGGUUAUCUGGAGACACAAUGGAGAGACCCCUCCCAACAUUGGAAAUAAUACCUUACUGGCAAAAUGGAUCCCUCAGAAUGAUCUACUGGGACACCCAAAGACACGAGCCUUCAUUGCUCAUGGUGGCACCAAUGGAGUUUAUGAAGCCAUUUAUCAUGGAGUGCCAGUAGUUGGCAUACCUCUAUUUUAUGACCAGUUUGAUAAUUUACUCAGACUUGAAGUCAGAGGUGCAGCAAAAGUGAUUAAUGUCGCAAACAUGCAGUCAACAGAUCUAUUGCAGGCACUUAAUGAGGUUAUAUAUAACACCUCUUAUCGGGAGAACAUGCAGAAACUCUCUGCUCUCCACAGAGACCAACCCGAGUCUCCAAUGGAGAGAGCUAUUUUCUGGGUUGAAUAUGUUGCCCGACACAAAGGGGCAGCACAUUUACGCUCAGAGUCUUACCGACUCCCCUGGUAUGCUUACUAUUGUGUAGAUGUGAUGAUCUUCCUGUUAUCACUGUUCCUCAUGGUUAUAAUGCUGACAGUCCUACUAUUGAAGAAACUUUGUAAUGUCACUCGGAAGAAAAAGGAAAAAACUCAGUAAGAUUCAUUGUUUCAAAUUGGGAGCGGGUGAUUGAGUUGUUCCAAUUAAAUCGAAAAUUUUAAUCAAUUAACUGAUGCCUGCCCUUUACAGGUAUACUGAGGCUUUCCAGGUCUAUUUGUAACACGUAAGAAUGCAGGCUUGACUGUUAAUAGUAGUUCUUGCUUAUAGAUACUCAGUGAAAUGCUGCACUUUUAUUAGAUUGGAAAUCUGAUUUUAUGAUCAUGCAAAACUAAUCAUAUUUGUUUACAAGCAGGAGAACCAUCAUUUAAAUAUAUAGCAGAAUCAGGGAACCACUUUGACCCCAGUUCAUUCUUUCUCUCUAAUACCCAACAUUUUCCAUCACAGCUCCCCUUGUGCACUAGCACAUAUAUUUCUGCUGGUUCACAUGAGGGCAGUGAAGGUCUUUGUUUCAUUUGGCUUUACAGGUCAGAGCAUUAAGUAUAAGAGUUGCGAGGUCAUGUUGCCGCUAGACAGGACGUUGGUUAGGCCACUUUUGGAAUACCUCUUUCUGGUUAUUGGAAAGAUGUUGUUAAAGUUGAAAGGAUUCAGAAAAUAUUCCCAAGAACGUUGCUCGGGUUGAUGGGUUUAGGCUGUAGGGAGAGGCUGAAUAGGUAGAGAUAUUUUCUCGGGAGCAUUGGAGGCUGAGGGGAGAUUUUAGAGAGGUUUAUAAAAUCAUGAGGGCAGGAUAGGGUAAAUAGACAAGGUCUUUGCCACAGAGUAGGGGAGUCCAAAACUAGAGACCAUAGGUUUAAAGUGAGAGGGGAAAGAUUUAAAAGGAACAUGAGGUGCAACUUUUUCACACAGAGGGUGGUGCGUGUAUGGAAUUAGCUGCCAGAUGCUGGUACAAUGACAACAUUUAAAAGGCAUCUAAAUGGGUACAUGUAUAGGAAGGGUUUAGAUUAGAUUAGAUUACUUACAGUGUGGAAACAGGCCCUUUGGCCCAACAAGUCCACACCGACCCACCGAAGCGCAACCCACCCAUACCCCUACAUUUACCCCUUACCUAACACUACGGGCAAUUUAGCAUGGCCAAUUCACCUGACCCGCACAUCUUUGGACCGUGGGAGGAAACCGGAGCACCCAGAGGAAACACACGCAGACACAGGGAGAACAUGCAAACUCCCCACAGUCAGUCACCUGAGGCGGGAAUUGAACCCGGAUCUCUGGCGCUGUGAGGCAGCAAUGCUAACCACUGUGCCACCGUGCCACCCACUAAUAGAUAUGAGGCAAAUGGAACUAAAUUCAUUUAGAUUAUGUUGAAAAAUUGAACAGAGGCCACACAAACCAGAUUGGGUGAAAUUGACAAGCUGUUUAUUAUAAGCGAUAUCACUGGAAGAGAAGUUGACCCAGCUGACACAGAACUGACAGUCUGUCCAGGUAGAUCAAAGGCUCUCUUCCCUAAGUUGAGAAUCAAGACAGUUUUUAUAGGAAUACAGUACAAUGAUGCUAAUUAAAAAUAGCGAAAAUACAAUGGUGUUGAUUGUCAAGUAAUCAAGUUACGAUGGUGAUAAUUGCAAAGCAGUUAUCAGAAGAAAUGUCCUGAAUGUCGAUACAAUAAAGCGUUUGGUAGCAUCAAUCAGUUCGUAACUGGAUCAGGAGAUUCCAGCUCUCUUCGAGGGUAGGUGAGAGUGUCUCUUUGCUUGGCAGAUAGAUGUUUCCUUGUUGCUCUCCUGUGAGCGAGGUAUUCUGGUGCCUCUCCGUCUGACCUGAGCUUUGUGUGGCUUUGGUAUCACUGGGGUACGAGAUUGCCCUUAAGGCUUUGGGACAGCUGUGUUGAUCAGAUCCAGGUCCAGGUCCAUCAGUUAAGUGUACCCGAGUUCUAGUCUGUCCUACAAGAGUAGAUAUCCUCCUGGAAUCCACUAUUUCAUGUCACCUCAAGAUCACAUGGUUCAAUAACAUCAACUCUCAUUCUCAACUCCAAUGGGUAUAGGCCCAACCCGUUCAACCCUUUUUGAUAAUACAAGCCCUUCAUUUGUAUUCAAUUAGUUUGUUAAUCUCCUCUUAUUUUCUCAAGUGAACAUUCACAUGCACGGGCCACACAACUUUAAGCACUGCCCUGAGUUCAACCAUUUGGAAGUGCUCCAGAAUGCCAGAAACGCAGCAACAAACAGGACUGAUGUCCUGGCUGAGCCUAUCCCGAGCUGGGAGACCUCAGCUGAGAUGCAGACAUUAGCACAACUCUAACGAUUGGCUGCACGAAGUUCCGGCUCCCCCUUCAAACUAUAGACAGCACCAUUAUCCCACCGCCGCUGUUUGGUAUCAUGUAGUGUAUGUUUACAGCACAUAAUUACACUGCCUGGACUUUACCCAGAACUGAAAACGUUUCAAGCAGUUAAAACUUCCAGUUUUGGAGAUCAAUGCCACAAGCACGUUUGAAAUAGUCCUGCAACAAACACCUACAGAUGAAGGGUUGAUCUGAAUACAUCAGUGCUCCUAACUUCCUCCAAAUUCCACAGAUAAUUACCUGACAAGAAGGUUUAUGAUACCAUCAAGGAAAGAUAUACUGGUAUACAGUAAUAUGUGAAUGCACAUUAGUACUGUGUCCUUUCGCAAAGAUGUACGAAUAUGCACAGGUAAUGCACUGAUUUAUAAUAUUCCAUUCUAGUGAGAAUACACACUCAACUUAGAGA